AUGAAAUAGGAGGCUCUGAGCAAUUCAGUAGCUCAGAUAAGUGGAAAUUCAUAAUAAACUUAAAUACUUGAUGAAAUAGAAAAAUAUAAUUGUUAUUGGAAACAAGAAAUCAUUUUGAGUGAUUGUGAAGAAUAAUUUGUUUAAAUUGCAUCUGAUGAUGAAAGAGAUUGUGCUGCUAUGAUAAAUUUUGGAAAAGCACUUAAUAUUCAAUAAACUGAUAUUACAUAAAUAACAGAAAUCUUAAACUAUCUAGAUACUCCUUAAUUAAAGAUGACCUCUUUAUAAAGUCCAUAAAAUGUUUUGAACUAUUUUCUACCUAGUAGUUUUGUAUCUACACUUACAGAAAUGAUUAAUCACUAUCUUUUGAUGGUUUUAUAAGAAGAUCUUAAAUAAUAGUAAUAAUAAACUCAAUAAAUUUACCAUAAGAAGAAAUACAAAGAAGCUGAAAUUUAAUUUUAUUUAGGUUUGCAAAUUUUAUUUGGAGUUUAUAGAUUUCCAUCAUUGGAUGAUUAUUGGAAUGCUGAAUCUUGGUUGAAAGGGGGAGUUGAAGUUACUAUGCCAAUAGGUAGAUUUAAGUUUGUAGAUCUUCAUAUUUUUUCAUACUUUGAUGAGUUGCAAAGAGCAAAAUUAUAAUUGGAAGUAAGAAAGUUCUCUAAGAAAUUAAAAGCACUUUAUAAUCCUGAUUAAGAAUUAAUAAUUGUAGAAUAGAAUUAGAAAGCAUAUAAAACAUAUUAUAUAUUUGACUAUGAUAGUUCAUAAAUUAUAGAUUUAUUAGUUGUUUGUAAUAAUAUAAAAAAUGAAGACAGAAUAAAUAGGGUGAUGAGAAUGCUUUAUAAAUAUUCAAAUCAAAAUCAUGUUACAUACAUAAUGUUUGAUCUGAGUUUAGAAAGAAUAAUUUAAUUAGUGGAUUAAUCUAUAUAUCCAGUUAUUCGUUAUUAAAAUAUCAAUCAUAAUUUGAUUUAAAUGCUCUAGGAUGGAGAUUAUGAAUUAGAUUAAUUGUUCUUAAUUAAAUAAGGAACAUAAGUUGAUAUAUUCCCAUAAAGACGUUUAAUAUCGAAUAGACAUUAUAUGACUUCUUAUGAAAAAAUAAAAGAGUAAUUGCAAGAACAUAUAAUAAAUCUUUAGUAAUUUCGAAGUAACUUUUAUUAAUCAUCAUAAUUAAAUAAUACUGAAGGUUUUCAUUAAUUAAGAGUUGAAUUUGAAGAAUAUUUCGAAAUUAUGAUUCAUAAUACAUUUUUACUAAUUCAACAAACAUCACAAUCUUAAUUCAGACAUGAUUUAGCUAAAGUUUUACUAAAUGAGAAGGGAUAAUAAAUUGAAAGAGAUCGUAAUGAAGCCAAACGUAAACUAAAUGUUACAUACAAAGAAAAUUAUUCAAAUACAGAUCAUUUGUCCUUUGGAUUAUAAAAAUAGUAUGCUGAUCAAUUUCAUACUCCAAUACCUUAAAAAUAAGAAGAUACUUUUAAAUAUUGUUUAGUGUGUAUGAAAUUUGAUGGUUUGACCAAACCAUACUAUAGAUGUUAAUUAUGUGAAAAAUUAUUAAAUGUAAGUAAGAUUUUCUUAUGUCCUUUUCCUUGUUUUGAAUUAUUUCAUAGGAAUCCUAGUGAUUUCAUAGAUUGUGAUAUGAAAAUGUUAGAACCUCUUGGAGAUGGAAUAUAUUUUAAAAAUGAAUCAACUAUGCAACUAGUUAAUAAUGGAUAAGAAGAAGAUGCAAGUGGAAAAAAAAGAAAAUAUAAUAAACCUCCACCUAGAACCUAUUGGUCAUUUAAUAAAGAAAUUUAUAGAUAAGCAAAUAUUAAUGAUGAUUAAAAUUUGAAUGAUAUUUUAAAUACUUUUAAAAAACCAUAGGCACCUGCACCUUCACCUAGUUUGUUAUAAUCUAUUGUUCCUUAAGAAUAGUAAUAAUAGACAUUAACUUUGGGACAUAAAAAGGAUAUGAAAGAUAUUGAUCAUCUCUUAAAUUAAGAAAAAGAGUAAAAAGAUAAACUAAUAAAGGAAAUGCAAGAAAGAGACAAACAAUUAUAAGAGUAAUAUUUUUAACAGCAAUAUGAGAAAUAAUUAUAAAAAGAAUAAGAAACUAAAAAAAGCAAAAAGGCAUAGAAGGAAAGUGAAAAGAAGAAAUAAUUAGAAGAAUAACUUAAGAAUGUUAGUCCUCUGGAAAAAUUCAUGGAACAAAUAAAUAAAAGAGCAAAAGUAGAGGAUAUUGAAUGA